AUGUCCAAACUUCUCGCGCAAGUUGUGCAUUUGCACGUGUCGGAAUUUGUUGAAUCAUCACCGAGUAAUCUGCAACAUGGUUUCCGCAAAAGACGUUCGUGUGUCACCCAACUUCUUCGUGUUUUCCACGACGUUGGUAAAGCCCUAGACUCGGUAAAGGAAGCUGACAUGGUUUACUUCGGCUUCUCCAAAGCCUUUGAUUCUGUUUCUCAUCGAAACCUUCUUUUGAAACUUCAACAACAUGGUAUCUCCUGUUCAUUAUUGAACUGGUUCUCCGACUAUUUGAGCGAAAGACGUCAGCGAGUAGUGGUCGACGGAGUGUCAUCCUCGUUUCUUAAUGUAACAUCAGGGGUACCACAAGGCAGCGUACUCGGCCCACUUUUGUUCUUGAUUUACGGAAACGUCCUCCCAAAGGCAGCGAAUCAUAGCACAUGCAGUGCCCAUGUUUGCUGA